AUGAUCGAGGUGCUAGUAAGUGAUCGGUUAGGCAAGAGAUUGAGGGUGAAAUGCCUGGAAGAGGACGCCGUUGGGGAUUUCAAGAAGGUGCUGGCCGUGCAAUUGAGCUGCCAGCCGGGGAAGAUUGUGCUGCAGAAAGGUGGGUUGGUGCUCAAGGACCACAUAAGCUUGGGCGACUACGAGGUUCACGAUGGGACCCAUUUGGAGCUGUACUAUUCGUAG